AUGCCGCUUUUACCUAAAAUACGGAUUGAAGAACAGCCGAGUUGCUUCAUUAUUGAUUCUGAUGAGGAAACAGGAUCAGAAGGUACACAAAGUGUGGAAAACAAUGGAACCAACUAUACAUUCAACGAUAUGUGCGAAGAUCUCUUAGUAGGUGUCCAUAAUCCUCUUAGUACCAAAGAGGUUGCAACAGAGAAGGCCACCAACAAGCUUGAUGAUGAUAAUAACUUGAGUUUAGGUGUGAAUGGAUCUAGAUGUAUCCAAGAGGAAGAAGAAGCAGGUUUCGAUGAUUUCGAGUUUGAAUUUCAGUCUAUCGACGAAGCUGAACAAACUGAACACAUCUUGAAAGUCCGAGUGCAUGCAAAUUUUUGCAUGCGCUGUGGAACUGGUUUUGUGCAAAAGAAAAAACUCAACAUGCACCUAGAGAAGAACGAGUGCACUGCAAAUACCUGUGGAAGUGAAACCCCACUUACAUGUAGCAUUUGUGGUCGGGGCUUUUUUCGUCGUAAUUGUUUGCGCCACCAUUUCAUGCUUCACGCCCAAACAAAACCUUUUAAGUGUAAAAAAUGCUCCCGUUCUUUUACCACUCAAAGGGAUCUUUACAAACAUUACCGAAAGCACAAGGACUAUAGACCAUUUAUCUGUGAGCUUUGUCCUAAGGCAUACCAAUUACCGAAACACCUGGCAGCCCACCGACGACGAGAUCAUGCCCGCGAACGUCCUUAUGUUUGUCGUGUAUGUCCGAAAAGAUUCAAUAAGCCUAGGAAUUUAAUCGCUCACAAAAAGAAACAUGCUUCCAAAAAACCCUUUAAAUGCAAGUUCUGCAAACUAAGAUACGCACAAAAUAGCAUUCGUAAUAUACACAUGAGAACCCAUACCAAUUCUGGGGAGUUGAGAUUUCUCUGUGAAAUUUGCGGAUUAACUCAUAUUCGCUGGAUAAAACUUAUUCCAGCCUUAGAAAGAAGACAAAGUGAUGAUAGCAUCAUCUGUCUUGAGGAAGAUGAGUUUGAAAAAGCCAAAGAAAAACCGCGGCAGCAAGGUGGAAUUAUUCGACGGAUGCAAUCCUCUGAGUCGUCUGACAGUGUAGAGAUAGUAGAGGACCCUCUACAAUUCACCAUUGAUUUGGUUGACGAAUAA